GCGAAGCUUAUGCCCAAAAGGCCGACGGAAACACCAAGGAGUCCAGCCGUGUAGGUGUCGACAGCAUUCGUCCCCAAAUGGACACGGCGAGCCUGUGCGCCGUGGAGAAGCGCGGCCGCGUCCACGUUAUCACCCUCACCGGCGCCGGCGAGCACCGCCUCGGCCCGCCCCUCCUGUCCGCUCUCCGCUCCGCCGUCGCCGCAGUCCGCGCCGCCCCGGGCGCCGGCGCGCUCGUCGUCGCCGCCGAGGGCAAGUACUUCUCCAACGGCUUCGACCUGGCCUGGGCGCGCACCGCACCGCUCGAGCUGCACGCCUCCAUGGGCGGCGCGUUCCGGGACCUCGUCGCCGACCUCCUCGCGCUCCCGAUGCCCACCGUCGCCGCCGUCACCGGCCACGCCGCGGCUGCCGGGUGCGCGCUCGCGCUGGCCCACGACGCGGUGGUCAUGCGCGCCUCCCGCGGGUUCCUGUACAUGAGCGAGGUCGACGCCGGGAUCAAGAUCGUCGACUACUUCGCCGAGCUGAUCCGGCAGAAGGUCCCCGACGCCGUCAACAGGAGGGACCUGCUCCUCCGGGGCGACAAGAUGGCGGCCGCGGAGGCCCUGCGGCGGGGCGUCGUGGACGCGGCCGUCGACGGCGGCGUCGACGACGUGGUGGCCGCGGCCGUCCAGGCGGCGGAGGCGCUCGCGGCGAGAGGUUGGGACGGUGAGAUCGUGGCGGAGAACAGGAAGGCGAUUUGGCCGGCGCUGUGGACCAAGGUGAAGGACGGCGGCGCCGACGACGAGCCGCCGCGGCCGCGGCUGUAGCCGCACGCCGGCGUCGUGUACCCAUCCGUUGUACUAUCAAGAUUGGAGCGUGAUUAUGAGAUGCAAUCCUGCUACUUAUCAUCACAUUCACUG